UACAAAUUAUACAAAAAUAAUGUAAAAUUUAGAAUGAGUGAAAUGCCGCAGUUAGAAGAAAUUUUAAAUAAUUACUUGGACAGAGGUAUUCAAGCGGCGUUUCAUACUUUUUUACAUAAUUUGUUUCCGAAUAUUGUUUAUCAUAUCAUACCUACCCAUAGCAUACAAAUAGGCGAUAAUAUCAAGUUUAAGAGACCAGCGUUUGUAAGAAUCUCUUACAGCUCCCAAGCUCGAUAUUUCUGAACGAUAAACAAUUUAAUUUUCGCGCUCCUUAAUAUCUAUUUACAAAAUGGCCGUCGAAAAAUUAUACGAAUGUGAAGACUUUUUAGUAGUGAACAAACCAUACGAUAUGUACAUAAAUUCGGAUGACGAAAAUGAAAAGAACACCGUGACCUGUCACAUUGCAUCCCACGACUCCCAUCUAUCAACUUCUUCAAACCCGCUGUAUUUUAUACAACGACUUGACUAUUCAACCAGUGGCGUCCUCUGUAUUGCUAAGAACAAAACCACCGCUGGUUUAGCUGGAAAACUCUUUGAAAAACGUUUGACGAAGAAGUAUUACUUGGCUAUUGUGAGAGGCCACCCAGAAUUUCAAGUUGCUGAAAUACGAUACGCUGUUGGCGUAGAUCAAACACCGGAUCACGGGCAUCGUAUGUCAGUGGUAUCCAAGACAAGUAUCGCUGGUGAUGCCCGACCAGCUCACACGCGGAUGUUAUUACUUGAAACUGGAUAUUAUUGUGGACAACCUGUAGCUGUAGUACUUUUAAAGCCAAUCACGGGUCGCCGUCAUCAAUUACGCAUCCAUUGCCAUUCGGCCUCUCAUACCAUUCUUGGAGACUACACCUACAGUGACCGUACUGACACUGCUCCACAUCGAAUGUUUUUGCAUGCUAUUAGGCUAGUAUUACCGCUACCACGUAAACCGUUAGAUAUUCAAACGGCUGAGCCUUUCUUCAGCGAUUCUCAAUUUUCUAGUAAGUGGAAGUCCCACCGAGUCAUGUAUAAAUACAGGAGUAAAGAGGAGCUGUUGGCGGCAUGUGAUGAUCUUGACAGGGAAUAUAUAGUUGGUGUGAAAUAUAAAGAUUAUAGCGUUUAAAAACUGUAUUACAUUGUCUUCUUUAUAUCUGAAACUACAUUACCAAAUAUUUAUGUAAUAUACGUAUU